AUGAUUGCCAACCUCGAGGAGGAGUACGAGAUCCUUGACCAAUAUCACUCGCAACCUCGAAAGCUGAAGAUCAUCCAUGUCGGCGCCGGCGCGUCGGGCCUGUUGCUGGCGUACAAGGCUGAGCGGCAGCUGCGUAACUAUGAGCUGAUCUGUUAUGAAAAAAAUCCAAGCAUCGGCGGAACGUGGUGGGAGAACAGAUACCCCGGGUGCGCGUGCGACAUUCCCGCCCACACUUAUACCUACACCUUCCGGCCCAACCCCGAGUGGUCGGGCUUCUACUCGCGCUCCGAUGAGAUCCAGACGUACUUUGAGAAGUUCUAUGAAGAGUACAAGCUGGAGCGCUAUGUUCAGCUGAACACCAAGGUUGUGAGCGCCACGUGGUUCGAGGACAGCGGCGAAUGGGAAGUUGAGCUCAGAAGUGGAGACAAGACGUUUACGGAUCGCUGCAACGUCCUGAUUAACGGUUCCGGUGUUGUCAACAAGUGGAAAUGGCCGGCCAUAGAGGGCAUUUCUUCGUACAAGGGCAUUCUCGCCCACAGCGCCAACUGGGACACCUCGAUCGACUGGCAAGGCAAGAAGGUGGCCGUCCUGGGAACAGGGUCAAGCUCCAUUCAGAUGGUGCCUCAUUUGGCCAGAGGAUCUCAGAGCUUGACUGUCUUUGCUCGAAAUAUGACCUAUAUCGCCCCCCAAGUCGCCAGCGACGACCAAAAGAUAGAUGAAAACAGCCAACCAGCAGCCGCAGUCGGGAAGCACUAUUAUAUCGAAGCCGAGAAACAGAAAUUCCGCACAGAUCCAGAGUUCCACCUUCAAUAUCGGAAGAGACUGGAGUCCGCCCUGACCGAGAUGUUCCCGAUGUUUCUGCGCGGCACCAAGCUGAACAUCCAGGCCAGAGAGGGGAUGCGAGCCAGCAUGCUGGCCAAGAUCGGGCCGGGCCACGAAGAAUUAAAACAGAGAUUCAUUCCACAGUGGUCUCCGGGGUGUAGAAGGCUGACGCCCGGGGAGGGCUACCUCGAGACCCUAAUCUUGGACCACGUCAAGGUAAUCCACGAUGAGAUCGUGCGCUUUACCGAGACCGGGCUCGUGACGGCCGCCGGCGAGCAGUUGGACUUCGAUAUCAUCGCCUGUGCGACCGGGUUCGACAUUGCGUACACCCCGCACUUUAAGAUCACAGGGGUAGACGGCGUCGUGAUGCAGGAGGAUUGGAAGGAAACGCCCAACAUCUAUCUCAGCAUCACGGCGCCCAAAUUCCCCAACUAUUUCGUCGUGAACGGGCCGACGGGCAAUUGGGGCCAGGGGUGUGCCCUGCCAUCGCAUGAGGUCCAACUCGAAUACGCCCUGCAAUGCUGCCGCAAGAUGCAAGAGGAAGGCAUCCGGGCGAUGGAGCCGCGGCAGGGCCCGACAACGCAAAUCAACAAGCACCUGGACGCAUGGCACAAGAAGUACAGCGUGUGGGCUGAGGAGUGUCGAUCAUGGUACAAGGACAACAAGCCUGAUGGCCGCGUCUACAUCUGGCCGGGCAGCCUGCUGCACCAUUUGAAGACCUUGCGCACCCCACGGUAUGAGCAUUACGACCUGCGCUACGACAGCGACAACGUUUGGGCGUUCUUGGGGAAUGGGCGAACGGACUUGGAAUUCGAGCACGACCACGGCCGCCAGGUGGACCUGGCUCCAUAUAUUCGCAACGCGGAUGUGCCAUGGAGCUUGGAUCUGCCUGUGCCUGUGAAAGGCGCGGAGCUGCCACAACAGGCGUGA